CGCGACAACGAGCUGCCGGGCCGGAAAGAUCGGAAGGCAGGUUCAGGUAGAGGAGUUUACGCGCCAACGGGCGGCCGUCCGGAGUGGAAUCGGCAGAAGUGGGACCCACCGCAAGAACUUUGUAGGGCCCCGUCCAGGAAAGUGCGAAUUUGGCCUUGAGCACCUGUUGGUCCGUGUCCUUCUGCACACCCUGUCGAAUUGUAGCGGCCGUGUUGUACACCCAAGCCCACCCGCCAACAGCACAGCUACACCGCUACUCCACUCCUUGUACACAACAGCUAGGGUACGCAGCAUUGAUACCCCUCUUCACCUGUUACUCCAACAACGAUUGGAGAUGAAGCUCAAGCACUUGGAAUCACACCUGCAAUCGGUGACAACUUACAGCGAGCUUGGCGCCGAGAAAGUUAACAUCGAGCUCGAACAGUACAGUACAUCAGCUCACUUGGCAGCACGAAUGGUUUAUACGGCCGAAUUCGAGUUUGGAGACAUCGAAGACCGGAGCGUGCUCGACCUCGGUUGUGGAACGGGUAUGCUUGGGAUCGCCGCCGGCAUUCUUGGAGCCGGUGCUGUUGUGGGGCUUGACGUUGAUUCUGGGGCGCUGUCAGCUGCAGCUGAAAACGCCGAAUCGAUGGGAAUCGAUAUGGACUUAGUGUGCUGCGACGUCGCACGGAACCCGUGCAUACCAGAACGAUUUGACACGGUUUUGAUGAACCCCCCCUUUGGAACACGGAGAGCUGGCAUCGACGUCAUCUUCCUGGAGCGUGCUCUCGAGGCUGCACCGACGGUGUACUCCAUGCACAAAACUUCCACCAGAAAGCACCUACUGAAGAAGGCGGAGGAAUGGGGAGUGGACAUUACGGUCCUGGCGCAGCUGCGUUUUGAUAUUCCUGCGACUUACAAGUUCCAUACGCGCAGAUCCAUGGACGUGGAGGUCGAUCUUAUCAGACUGCAAAAGCGCUUGUCGCGUUCAGAUAAUUAGUGCUGAGAGCGGUUUGGAUGCCAAAGGAUGAGGGGGAAAGAUGACGCUGGAGUUUGGUUUCGUGCUCAAAGAGCUUUCCCCACCUCGUGUAAAUAGUAGAGUAGAUGCAUUUUUUUCGUGGGUAGCUUUUGUUAAAGGGUUGCCAUGUAAGUGAAACGCAACAAGCAGUGGCAAGGGUUGUGUGCCGCGUGUUGGAUAUCUACAUGGAGCAGUUUGUUGCGACUUCCAUGUUUUGGUCAGAGAUGACCGGUAUUUGUUGUGUGCCCGGUAACAAAUGAAUAGGAGGUGGUCUUGUCGGGCAGCAAGUGGAUGGUGUACGGCACGCUCGUCCGAAUGUGUGUAACGUUGGGACGUCGGGCAUGCGGCAUUCCACUUCAAGUACGGGGCAAAUUGGUUGAAUGCCUCGUCUUGACCAUACCAACAUUUUCACCAUUCCAGAACGCGGGUCGGUUGUACCAGCUUUGCACUUUCUUGCGAUUCUUCUUGAGUUAUUUUCCUUGCGUUAAUAUGGUUUACGUGUGUACGAAGUACGUAAGUACACAGCAGCCGCAGCGUCACUUGGCGUCACCACUAAGAUAGUUGGUCGAGACUACUACAAAAUUGUAGUAAGUGGUGCAACAAAAAAAAAAUUGUGUACAUCAUGCCUGGUGUACAGUAUUCAUCUAUUUUCUAGAACUGUGCGUCCAAUACACCCACCCACGGUUCCCACGAAGUUCGAAAACGAUACACACAUACAAGCUUGUGUCGUCUGAGUUUGCUGUACAUGGUGAAUUAACCGGAGGAGGUCCUCCCUGCACAGAGUUAUGCAUAUGAUACAAGCAGGUAUACCCCUUUCCUUUCUCUUAUUUUGUUUUCUUGUUCCGAGUGGUUUGUACCCUAUUUUUGUUUUGUUUCCCCGCGGCGUCGUAUUGUUGUUGUUGUUGUUUGUCUUCACAUUAAACCGUAUGUCAGUUGCUAGAUGCCAAAAUCUAGCAAAAGACUCUCAGCCCGUGGUCACGAAAGUGUUAGAGCCAUCUGAGGAUCUAAAGAACACGCACACAUCUGACGAGAAAAAGGUAUGCAAGAGCCCGAAGAGGUACACCUAAAAAUCCCUGCAGCACCGUAUGCGUGCCCAAAAACUGAACUGCACGUCCGUCCCACCGUUCGACUACAGUAGCAUCACCCCCUCCCUGUCCCACUCUGUACCAAAACGGAAGAUUGCCGACUACAGCAUAAUGCUGUCUGAAGUGCUGUCUG